AUGCACCUGCCGACGCCGCGCCUGCACGCGCGCCAGAACCCGCCCGCGGCCUCGAUCCCCCAGGCCUACGGCGACCUCGACUCGUCGCCGCCGCCGGGCGUCGUGGUCGCCAUCGUCCUGGGCUCCAUCGCCGGCGCCCUGCUGCUCCUGUUCCUCGACCACGAGGACCACGACGACGCGCCACCUGUCGCCGUCGUCGAGCGUGCCGAGCUUCCGCCCCCGGGAGAGGGAGCGCCGCCGCCCCUCGCGCCCGCGCCGCUCCCGCUCCCGCACGCCGUGCCUCCGCGGUCGGCGCCCGGCUCGGUUCCGCCGCACCACCCGCCGCCGCCACGGGCAUCUCCGCCGAGCGUCGUCGGGGGCGGCUUCGACAACGACGACGACGGCCGAGACGAGGUGGUCGUCAUCGAGGAGCACGAGCCGUCGAGGGGCAGCAGCAGGCGCGACACCACCGCCCGGAGGAGCAGCCGCCGCAGCAGCCGGCGGAGGAGUGGCGACCAGCGCAGAGCCACGAGGGACGUCUAG